AUGUCCUUCUUUAAAAAACCCGCGGAAUACUGGACUUUUGACGCGAUUGCAGUACACUACUACGACAACGACAUUUGUCGUACUCUUGACAAUAUUAAGAAGGAUCUUCAACGACGUGCGAAAAUGGAAGAUCAUGAUGCUCAAAAAGCUGAAGAACUUCUGGUUUCAGACUGGAAGAAACUUGUUACAACUGUGAAGACUCAUGCCACCAUUAACCAAAUGAGGAGUGAGGCCACCAUUUCCACCUUUGCUGAUGGAUCAGAAUCAAUGUCAAAAGUUCGUAAAGCGAUACUUAAUGAUAUCGAUGAUGCAGUGACAGAAUCAGUCAUUGUUCCUAAGGAUUAUGAAAAGAAUAGAGAGGCUUUGAUGAGUAAUAGUGCACCUGCUUAUAUUAAUGACAAUUCGGGUUAUGAAGAAAAGGAUAUCAACUUAGUUCGUAAACGGAAGAAUGAUGGAGAAACUACACCAACUAAACGGACGAAAUCGAGUGAUAACAUAUCAAUGGAUUCAGAUUUUACAUUUUUUUCGGUAGAGAGCAUAAAUUAUGAUGGAGGUCUUGGAAAUUAUGAAGAAGGGACAGAAAUCGAUCUCGAUCUGUCCUUUCAGGAAACCGACGAAGAUUUGACAAUACCAUCAUCUGAGCGUCUCUUUAAUGAAAAUAUUUGGAGACAAUGGAGACUAGGUUCUGGUAAAGUAGUUACUGAUCUUUUGGCUAAAUUCGCUAAUAAAACAGGGCACCCUCUCAGGCCCGAAGUUUGGGGAAUUGUUCGUUGUGGAUUUAGAAUUGCAAAGCCAGAAUGGUGUGACGCUGAUGAAUAUUCUGAAAUUCAAAAAUAUGUAAGACGUGCAACUAUUUCCAGUUGUCCUGAAAGUAUAUCCAAACUUUUAAAACUGAAAUCCCUUGAAUUUUUAAAGCGAGAAAUGGAGAAAAUCCAGGUUUUGAUAAAUACCAAUGAAAUCGACAAUGAAAACAAUGAUUCGGUUGUUCAACAACCAAACAUGUUAGAAUCUGAUUAUGGGGGCUACAUUAUUCACCCUUCUUUGAAAUGUAUGCUCUCCGGUUUGGAAAAAUUCAAAUCAUGUCGUGAACGACGCAGAUGCACUACUCUGUUCGAGCAAAAAGCAGAUGGAGUUUUUGUUAUACGAUUGAAGAAAUCUUCUGUUGAAGUCGGACACUUGGAAAUGAGUGGCGGACAUGGACACAAAGACUUCUCUCGAUCGACCUGGGAUGGCUGUUGCAAGUUGCCAAUUGGAAACGCAUACAUGCUGGAAGAGAUUGGAGAGAAAUUUCGAGAGAAUCGGAUUGAAUUGUGGAGAAUGUAUGUCCCAUCUUGUGGCGUUUUACAAUAUGAACGAACACAUAGGGCAACUGUUCCUAUUUGCUUCGAAGAAGAGAGGAAAUGCAUCUUCAAUUUCGUUGUUGUUUUAUGGGAUCUUAGGUGCUGGUUACUGGAAGUUUUUGAACUCAUUUAUAAAUUACUUGAAGAACAUAACGAUUCGGACGUAAAUGAGUCCAAUCUUCAUUCCGGUAUUCUGCCACCACAUCCAUUUACCCCACAAAAAGACAAACAUAAAAAAG